GUGGACUUACCUCCCCUUGCUCCUCGUGUCCUGCCAGCCAGGUCCCCACAACCUGGUCUCCCCAAAGACCCCAAACCGAAGAUUCUGCAGGUCUGCCCCACUGCUGGGCACAGCAGGGCCUGGAUGAAGGCCUGUCUCCCGCGGCUGCCCCAAAGGCUGCUCCUGUUGGGGGCAGCUGCCCUGGCUGCAUCUGCUCUGGAGACAGCCGACCUGGUGGACCUCUGCGGGCAGACGUGGCAGGGGGACGGGCUGCUGCUGCGCUCGCACGCCGCCUCGCGCAGGUUCUACUUCGUGGCCCCGGACACCGACUGCGGGCUCUGGAUGCGGGCGGCGGCCCCCGGCGACAGGAUCCGCUUCCAGUUCCGCUUCUUCCUGGUCUACAGCUUGGCCGCGGCGCCGCGGGCGCCCCCGGGGCCUCCGGCGCCCAACACCUCCUCCCCGGAGCCCGCCGACCCGUGCGUCCCCGGGUCCUACCUGCAGUUCUACGAGGGCCCGCCGGGGGCGCCCCGGGCGCUGGGUGCCCCUCUCUGCGGCCUGACCAUCCCCGCCCCGGUGGCGUCCUCCGGGCCCUUCCUGGGCCUCCGCCUGCUCACCAGAGGCCGCCAGCCCCGCGUGGACUUCGUGGGCGAAGUCACCUCUUUCCGGUUGGGAUCCUGUGGUGCCUACUUCCGCUGUCGGACCGGCAGGUGCAUCCCGUGGAGCCUGGUGUGCGAUCGCUGGGGUGUGGACAACUGUGGCGAUGGUAGUGACCAGGCAUCCUGGCCACCGGCCGACUGCAGAGGUCCCUCUCUGGUGCCCAGCCAGGCGAGGGUUACAGAUGGCCAUACCUCCCAGCCCCUGACGCCCUCCCCAGCUCUCAGGUCUGCAGGCCCCCUCCAGAUGGCGGCCGAGAGGAGCCCCCUGGCAGGCCGGGCCCUCGAAGAGGGGGAUACAGCAGCUCCUCCGGGAGGUCCCCGGCUCCGGGGCGUGGCACCGGUCCCUUCGCUGGUCCUAGCCUCCACUGGCCUCCUUGUGGGCCUCGCCUGGUGCUGCUGCUUCUCCAGCUGGCUGGCCUGGCGGGCUGCUAUCGGCGGGCCCUCUGCUGGAUCCGUGAAGGGCAAGGAGCAGGGGGGCCUCACUCCCCUGAAGCCGCUUCGCUCCACUCCCAGACCUCACCUGCCCGGCUUUGCCCCACCCCGGCCCACCCUCGGGUGCCACCGAGUCAAGCCCUAG